AUGCGGCGAAAUGACAUUCUGCAAUGGUUGCGGGCGAACGAAAUUAUCAUUGAUGAUGAUGAUGCGCAGUUGACAGAUGAACAUGGGCUUUCUGCAGAGAGUCGUGGCCAACCUCUACAGCAUGAUCAGCAAGAACAAAUUUCUUCGGAGGAGAACUGCGUCGGUGGUGAUCAGCAUGAGAAUGAGGAUCCUGAGUUGAGUGGUGAACAGCGUUUUUUGGCAGAGGGUAAUGACCCACCUCCACAGCAUGAUCAGCAGGAACGAGCCUCUUCUGAGGAGCCUGGCCUUGGUGAUGCUCAGCAUGCACUUUCUCAGUCGCCUGGGGAGCGUAGCAUUGGUGAUCAUCAAUGCGAAGAGCUUGAGUUGACUGAUGCAGAGCGACCUUCUGCAGAUGUUAGUGACCAAUCUCAACAGCAUGAUCAGCAGGAACAAGUCUCGCCUAAUGAGCGCGGCCUUGGUGAUGCUCAGCAUGAAGGUUCAGAAUUGCCUGAUGCUCCGCCAGGUAUGGGUGAUGCAGAUAAUCAAAAUGAUGCUGAGUUGACUGAUGAACAGGGACCUUCCAGCUCCAGCUCCUCACGGUCAUCGUCGGAAGUGGAAGCGGAAUCCGAAGAUGAAUGCCCCUUGCACGACCGUGUUGACAAUUACAGAAGUGCGGCCAAAGAUGAUCGCAGACAAGUCUACAUGUGGACCUAUGCCCGAGCACCAGAGAUGAGCCGAGAAGAUGUUGCAACCGUCAUUACGAAUGCCUAUGCUGCAGCAGGUGUGCAGAUUCUCCACUACUCGGUGUUUCGUGAGCAUCACCCGACCUCCCGGUCUGAGCUAGAGCGGCAGUUCCAUUUCCAUAUCAUCGUAGAGAGCGAUGAGAGACACCGAUGGCGAGCAAUUGCGCGGGUUCUUCGAAGCCAAGACCGCCCCAUGCACUGCUCGGCGGCCGGCUCCGGCCGUUCGGUCUACUGGGGUGCAUUUGCUUAUUGUUAUGUGCCCAGUGCCAAGAAGCCUCGGGAACACUUAGACACUUGUUACCUCUUGAGUCGUGGGCAUCCAGACAUUUUGCAACGGCUUGUGAAAGACAGACGUCCAAAGCGUGUGAAGCCAUUGGAGCUUGGAAAUGUUCUUCGACAACAAGAGAUUCGAUCCUUGGAUGCUUUCUAUGCCUUUGCAAAAAGGCAGGCGGAUGGUGGCGACGAUCGGUGGUUGAGCGUGGCCUAUGGGACGCAGGCGAAAAGACUGCAGGAACAGAUUGCUGCUGUUUGGGCUGUCGAAACCGCAGGCAGAAGAUUGGAGGACUUGAACUGGCUCCGCUUUGACCGAGAUGCAUCUCAUUUUGACAUCCUUUCUCAAGGUCUGCGCCACACUUGCUCUUGCAACGGCCGCGCCAUUCCUGGAUGGAACUUUUUGCUGGAGCACAACGGCAUUGCCAUUGCGGACUACCGGGACUCCAUUGUGCGCUUGUUCCAGUCUGGUGGAGGAAAAGGAAUGAAUCAUUUCUACUAUGGUGCUCCUUCGUCUGGGAAAACCGCAUUGACGCGGCCAAUCCUAGCUCUUUUCAAGCAAUAUGUCAUGUUGAAGCCGCAAGUGGCAACAUCCUUCCCAUUGCACACCCUCAUCGGAAAGAAGGCCUUGGUUUGGAACGAUUUCCGGUUCCCACAUCCGCCACUGUCCUGGGGUGACCUCCUGAAUAUUUUGGAUUGCAAGCCAUUUCUGAUUGGCGUGCCCAAGGGAGGAGAAGGAGCCCAAGACUACAUGUGGAAUGUGAACCACAAUGAAAAUGUGAUCGUGUUCAUGACGAAGCUGAACUGCGACUUUGACAUUCCAGAUUGGCUGGAUCUCCUGUCCUCAGCGUGGGAAGCAGUGAAGCGUUGCCUUGAUGAAGAUCCCACUGGAGAGAGACUCCGAGAAGUGGAAUGGGUUGAAGAGAGACUUAGUGCCGUGUGCCAGAAGGUUCUCGACUACAAGGACUGUUGGCUUUCGCCCACCAUGACUCACGCGGCCACCAAAUUGACGGCCCAGAUCAAGAAGCCUUUUCAGGAGGUCAUGACGAGCUGCGUGCAGGAAAUGGCAGGAAUGCGCGAGAAGCACGGCAAAGAGCUGGCAAAGCAGAAGGAGGCCAUGGUGAUCCUGCAAUCUGAGGAGGAGCGGCUGUUCUACAGAAUCAAUACUUACCAGGAACGCCUCAAGAAAUUUGAAGACCGCUGUCAGAAGCGCUUUGCGCAGCUGUCGAUGUGAAGACCGCCCGCAAAAUUUUGGUUGGUUGGCGAUGGUGAUUG